ACCACUUCCAAUGGAUUGAGUUCAAUAGAUGACAUCGAAACAGACUGCUCUAUGGACCUGCAGUGCCUCCCGGCUCCUGUGGCCACCUCCAUCCCCGUGAGCGAGGGGCUGGCCCCUUUGCCCUCUGACUCGGAUGCAAAGGGCUUGCCCACCUCUCUGCCUGCUGCCAGCUUGCUCCCGGCUCCAGACUGCGUGCCCCUGCCAGUGCCUGAGAGCGUGGAGGACUUCACAGAUGGGGACAUCAUUGGGGAAGAACUGGACUCCCUCCUGGACUCCCUCGCUGAAGGGUCACAAUACCCUCUAUCUCUGGUCCAGGGCGCCAUUCCUACCAACCUGCCAACAGAGAUGCCCCAGCUGAUCCCGGUGUUUCCGGGGGGAACUCCGCUGCUGCCCCCAGUCGUGACAGCCAGCAUCCCUGUCUCCACCCCGCUGCCACCUGCCUCCUUUGGCCUGGUGAUGGAUCCCACCAAGCAGCUCUCCUCCUCCUCUGUCCUGGAUGCCUUUGAGGCCCCGCCGGGAGGAAGUGGCGCCUCCACCUUAGAUUCACUGGAUUCCCUGGAUCUGCUCCCCUACACAGACUCACGGCUUGAUGCCCUGGACUCCUUUGGGACAAGCAGAGGGUCGCUGGAUGCCUUGGAUUCCUUUGCCCUUGAAGAAACCAGCCCUCAGGAACUGCGACACCCACCCGGCAGCCAAAAACCAUCCCCCGUGGUCAGCCUUGGGGGAGUGAGUCACCCAGCUGUGCCCAAGGUCCCCGAGCACCUGCUGUCCCAGCCGGAACCAGUAAUGCCCAACACAGCCCUGCUGGUGAAGAACCCACUGGCAUCUACUCACGUCUUCAAACAAGCCUGUCAUAUCUGCUACCCCAAAACAGGGCCCAAGGCUGGAGAUUACACCUAUCGGGAAGGCUUGGAGCACAAGUGCAAGCGGGACAUCCUGCUGGGCAGGCUGAAGAAUUCGGAAGACAAGACCUGGAAGAGGAUCCGUCCUCGCCCAACCAAAACCAACUUUGUCGGAUCCUAUUACCUGUGCAAAGAUAUGCUUAACAAGCAGGACUGUAAGUACGGGGAUAACUGCACCUUCGCGUACCACCAGGAAGAGAUCGACGUGUGGACGGAGGAGAGGAAGGGGACCCUCAACCGUGACCUCCUCUUUGACCCGCUAGGUGGGAUCAAGCAGAGCAGCCUCACCAUUGCCAAGCUCCUCAAGGAACAUCAGGGCAUCUUCACCUUCCUCUGUGAG